GUCGUCGCCCACAUCAUUACGCCAACGCCGUCCUCCAAAACCCCGCCUUUCGUCUUCUCCCUCCAUUUCCUUUCGAAUCCACGCCUGUUUCUCUCUCCGCCUGCCGCCUCUCAUGGCGAAGAAAGGGCGGUCUCGGCGGAAGUAAAGUGGAGACCGAGCAGAAGAGGAAUCGCCUUUCGCGAUUGCCGAGAAAGGGCCGGGUUUUGCUCUCCUUCUGCGCUUGACGUGACGGGCGCGGUCCCGCUGGGAAAUCCCAUCGCCCUCUUAUUUCGGUGCUCAAUCGCGUCCGCGCGUGAUGUAAAAGAGAGCACUUUUUUGGUGAUACGAGAAUGGAAAGCUGGAAUUUUGGUGGGGAUUUGUAGGAGGUGGGGCAAAAGGUCGGUGCUUGGCGUUAAUCUGGAGGGUUUGAGUGCUUUGAGGGUUAUGGAAGAGCGAUACGGUUUGUUAUCGCGGUGACAGAUGGACGGAGGAGGAGGAGAGUCUAAGGUUCGAGUGGUGCGGUGCCCUAAUUGCCAGAAGCUUCUUCCGGAGCUCGCCGAUAUCUCGCUCUAUCGCUGCGGUGGUUGUGGCGCUACUCUUCAAGCAAAAGGACCACCCCCCAAGUUAGAACCUUCAUCCGAUAAACCUGAUGGACCUAAGGUCGAAUAUCUCGAGCUCUCUGAGAGAACUUCAGAGAGCAAACCUAUGGUUUUAGAUGCAAGCUUGGGGCUUGAUCUUGGUGGCAAUACAGAUGGACUUGGAAGACAUGAGGAAAUUGCCCUUUCUACUACAACUACUACUACUACUGCUUCUACUACUACGAGGAAAGAGAACUGUUCAGGAGUAGAUGAUCUCAUCGAGAAGAACGAAAGAGAACAGUAUGGUAGUAAUGGCCUGUAUCAGCCAAUGUUAUCAGUUGAUAGUAUAAGCAACAAUGGGAAAGCAGUAGUCGAGACAAUUUUACAUGAGGGAGAGGAAACUGAGCAAUUGGUUGAUAAAUCUUUAUAUGCUCAGCAAGCAUUAGUCCAAAAUGCCAAGAAUGUUUGGAAUCCGAAAGCUUUCAGAAAAGGUGUUCAACUUGAUAGUUAUUCUGAUGAAGGUCCAUCUAACUACUAUCAGAAUGCAAGAGGUAGGUUUCCUAAUGGUGAUUUUGACAAGAAAAAAAACCUUGAACCAGACCAAGCAGAGAUGUUGAGAAUGCUUGAUGAAUUAAGAGAUCAGUUGCAAAGAACAUGCGAAGUCACAGACAAGCAAAAAAUGAGCAUCAUGGUUGAUAGAUCGACAACUUCCUGCAGUUCCUACACCCAUCAUGCCCGUGCCAAUAGAUUUCCUAAUGGUUCAUUUUCAUUAAACCGAAGUCCUUCUGGUCGGACUCCAAGAGAAUUGGAGCACAAUGCGAGCAGACUGGUUUCUUUAGCUAAUGCGCCUUCUCAGAGCAGCAUGACUGGGUAUGGGGAUCCAUUGGUCCAUAGAAAAGCUCCAUUUCACCUAGCUGUGGAGUACCCAUUGAGGCCAGUCAACAAUUCUAAUGGGCAAUUGGAUCAUCAUCGUGCCAACUUCUAUAAUCAAAAUGUACAUUACCAUCAAGCGGCCUGUUUAUGCCUUCAUUGCAAUGGCAGACACUUCUCAGGAGCUGCAAGAGGCCAUUCAACAACAUUGAGUCAUCAGGUCUCGUAUUUUACAGAUAAUUGUGAAUUACCUCAUAUUGCUGCUCCCUUGAUCCUGGGGUCGAGAAGUUGUAAUUCAAGAUCGAGAAGUAUUCCUUCUAAUCCACACGAGCCACGGGUACAUCGCAAGGCCACGAUCAGCAAGAAUUAUGGGCGUCUGUGUCAUUCCUUUACUGGUGGUGCCCCUUUCGUGAUAUGUAAUUAUUGCUUUGAACUUCUGGAACUACCUGGCAAAUCUUUGGCACUGAACAAGAAAACAAAUAAACUGAGAUGUGGUGCUUGCUUCAAACUCAUUUCCGUUUACUGUGAUGGAAGUAAACUUGUCGCAUCUGCUUUGGCACUAGUAUCGCCUGUUUCACCCAAGGACAAUGGCUUUGCUGGCUAUAACCCAUGCAAUUCUGACCAACAUACAGAUGAAAGGUUAGUUUUACCAUGUGUUGUUACAAGCAGUGAUCAUGAGAUGAUCGAAAGGGCACAUGGGUUGAAGAACACAGAUGAGUUUGAUGAUAUGAAAGGGAUCUCUUCUACUUCUGCUAUGUCAGAGCAUGCCAACAGCUCAGAUAAUGUAAUCUCGGAGAAAGGGGUGCCUAACUAUGCAGAUAUUCCCGUUGGACCUCAGAUUAUUUCACGCACACCGAGCCUUCCAAUUCAUGCUGAUCAAACAAUUGAUGGAUGGGGAAGUGGAAAUUGCAGUAAACGCUCUGAACAAGAAAAGAAUACAAUCUUAAGCGGUAACUUCAGACAGAACUCACUCAAAGAUGUUUCUAUGGCAACCAAAAUGGAUUUAUUAGUGAAUGAAUUUCCAGAUGUAACUUCUUCUCGAGAUGAUACAGCCUUGAUAAUCAAACAUAAUAUUCAGCCAAGAACAGCUAAGGCUGGAGAUUCAUUUCUUGGCAGCAUCAAGAAGAGCUUUCGGUUCCAUAAAUCAAUGACACGUGACAGAUCUAAGGUUACAGUCAACGGUUACCCGAUUCCUGACCGGUUAGUUAAGAAGGCUGAAAAACAAGCUGGCACAAUAUAUCCUGGUGAUUACUGGUAUGACUAUCGCGCUGGAUUUUGGGGGGUGAUGGGGCAUCCAUGCCAAGGCAUUAUUCCUCCAUUCAUUGAGGAGUUCAAUUACCCAAUGGCCAAGAAUUGUGCAGGUGGAAACACUGGCAUCCUUGUUAACGGACGCGAGCUCUGUCAAAAAGAUCUGGAUUUGCUUGUUGGUAGGGGGUUUUCAACUGCUACUGGUUCUUAUAUGCUCGACAUUUCUGGGAGAGUUUGGGAUGAAUCCUCUAGUGAAGAGUUAGAUAGCAUCGGCAAACUUGCACCAACAAUUGAGAAAAUGAAGCAUGGAUUUGGCAUGCGGGUUUUGAGGACCUUUGCCAAGUGACUACUAGUUAAGGUUGGCGAUGUGCUGAUCGAUAGAAAUCCUGCACAAGUUUUAGCUGCUGAGGGAGAAGAAUCAUUUGUCUUUGUGGUGUUCUCUUGUUCACACAAUCAUUUGUAUCAUUUAAAAGGUUCUUUUCUUUUUCUCCUAUUUUACUGUUUUAUUGUAUUAAAUUUAUGUUUUGUAGGUUUCCUUCUCUUUAGGUUGACUGAUAGGUCUGUACAAUAGCUUUGGUUUCUUAAUGAAAUUGAGAUGCACUUUUCCGUUUGCUC